GUUUGAACCAGGCCGUCAGGCUGACAUAGUUCGUCCAAUCGUUAGGCUUAGUUAGGAACAGUAGACUUCGGUCUAGUUUAGUUGGUUUGUUUCACAUUCAGUUUUGGUUUUGUUGCAUGGUAUAAAGAGAAAAGGUAUUAACAACUGUUGGAGCAUCUUUCUUUAUGCAGUGAUUGACUUUGUUAUGUAAUGAACAUUUCCAAAUAAUUAAGCUUUGAAAAUUAAGAUACGUACAGAAAAUGACUUCUCAUAAUUUGUCGUCGGAUGACUCAGAAGCCAAUCUCAUGCAGUCGGAGAGCGACUCGUCCUCCUUAAACAGCAACAGCUCCAACUUUUCUAUAAGGUCUGGUUCCGUAUACGACCCUGCGUACCAACAAUCAUCACGUAUUACCAUACGUCCAACUACGCAGGUUUCAUGCCCUCCCACCUACCCAAACUCUGUGCUGUCCAGGCCGUUACCGUCACGCCCUGCUCCUGGUCCCCCCCUCCCUCCCCCUCUGUCUCGACCAGUCACACCUUGCAUAGAGCCACUAGUAAGGCCUACCAUUCCACAUAAUAAAAACUACAGCCAUAGAAGGAAGCCUCGUAUGUGCCUGUUACGUCGACGCACAUUAAUAGUCCUGAGUACAGUUUCGCUAUUUCUCAGUCUGGUUGCUGUGACUCUGUUAGGGUUGUUGUAUUUCGACAAGGAGCCUGCGACAUGGGAGAGUGGGAUGUUCAAAGAAGGAGACUACGAGACCUGUAUUGAAUGCAGCUACUUCUUUACCGGGUCCGGGGACCCUGGGUAUGAGAACUUGCUCAAACAGCUGACAAACAAAAUGGAGAAGGGGAAGACCCAGUGUUGCGCCAGGACCAGUGGACAACUGUCAGCUUUGGUUGAAUUGAUGACACUCAGACAACAGAGCAUAAAAAUACCCAACAAUCAAGACACUGACAAGUUCAAGUUCAGUCCUGUUAGUGCUCACAUCAGUUUCAAGGAGUCAGAAGAAAAUCUGAACAAAGAAAACAGAGCACACCUGGAGCUGAGCGCUGAGAUAAAAACUGAUCCAUCUGGCCGUCAACACGCCAGGGAGGUGAUCGUCAAAAAAAAUUUCAUAACCAUCAAGCACUCCGGAUGGUACUUUGUGUAUUCCAGCAUAUUCUACCAGCCAUCUUCUGAGAAGAAAACAUGUAAACAGUACAAAUUCCAGACUUGGAUGAACCACAUUGUUCGCAAUAGCUACUCUCGGCCGGAAUUCAAUGGUGACCUCUCAUCUGCUGCUCACACUUGUUGCGACACCUGUGAUAAAGAUUACCACACUAGCUAUACUGGUGCAGUAUUUAACCUGUUAGAGGGUGAUUCCAUCUAUGUUGAGAAGGGGGGAGAUGGGAAGAUAAAAUAUGAAAGUGAGGCCUCGUACUUUGGACUAGUCAUGCUCGGAAGUAACGAAGAAGAUGAAAAGAUGAAGCAGCUAAAGAUUUGAAGCUGACAUCUCAUGGAGUUAGUAUUAAGUUAGCUUGUCUAGACAAUAGUGUUGGCUCAUUUCAUCAUCUUUUCCCAUUCGUGCCAAAGACACAUAGGUCAGAUAAUGUAAAGUUCAUCUGCUUCCAAGACACGGCAUACAAUGAGAUAAUGAGGUCAGCAUUAUACCCACCCGCCUUUGUUCCCUUAUGUGUUAAGUACCUUUGAGAACUGGGUGGGCUCAGGGACACUCUACAGAUUUGACUUAGGGGUCAGCAUUCUAGCUCUCUGCAGCUAGGCCACGCCGACCCCUGUUGUCUCGUUUAGCUCAGCUAAAUGGAGUACACAUCAUGUACUGAGAACAGAAAACUAUCACUCAAUAGCAGAAGAAUGCUAAUCAUGAUGUUAGUUUCUAUCUUUCAUUACUCAAAGUUCCAUUUCAUGGAAAGUUUGCAAGUAUGCAUUAAGUUUCUACCCAACAUUUCAGCACCCCUGUUGGACUAGGUGACUUUUACAGGGAGUUGAUAUUACCUAAGUAUAUUUAUAUAGAAAAAGUUACAAGCAUACCCCCAGUGUGUAACUUAGUACUAGGUCUUUGUUAGACAAACAGACCCUAGUCAAAAGGCAGUAAAUAGGAGAUAUAGUUUAUCAGAAAUUACAACAGAAUGUUUGUUGAGUAUUACUUGUAAAUGGCUUUUUACAUCAGUUAGCUUCACAUAAUAAUAGUAUAAUGCAGCCUGUUGGUAGAGUAUGCAACUGUUAUAUACCUACAAUAUAGUAAAAGAUUUAUUGUUAUUUAUUAGAACAAUUUUUAAAAAUCUUUACUAAAUGUCUAUGUUAAGUUUUAAUGAUUUUAAUAUUCAGUAUAAUGCUAUUAGUGGCUUCAUUGAAAACAUGUCUUUCAAAAGAUAAGAAACAAAUCUUAUGUCCAUAAAGCUUUAUAAUUGUGAGCAAUAGUCUGUACAUUUACUUUAUCUCUUAGAAGUUGGUCAUUAGUAAAUAUUUCAGUAUUUAUGGCUGAUUUUUGAGGUAUUUGUGCCUAAUUAUUAGUAAAAUUCUGAUUUUUUAUGUAUGUAAAUAUAGUUAAUGAAAAUUAUUUUUGUAUUAUAAUUAUUAAUAUUUGAGUAGGCUUGGUUAACCAAUGUAAUAAUAUCACAUCUUAAAGCUUGUGUCGAGUUUCAAGUAGACUGUAAAACAAGUUUAAUUUAGACUUCAGUAACCAAGUGUUACAGUUUUUCUAAAGACAAGUAAUAUUAUAAAACAUUUUUAAUUACCAAGAAAAGCUAUUUUACUAGGUUAAUGAAAUUAAUAUUAUUUAAACAUCUAAACAUUAUGGAUUUUUUAUUAACCAUUCAUUUCUUUUUAAUUUUCAUAGGCUACCCAUGCAUAAUUCAUUAAGGCCUACCUAAAUGUUAUUGUAGAAGUUUUUCUAUUUCCAAAGAUUUCAUUACUUAUUCCAAAAUUGAAUGUUUUUAUUAUUAUUGCUUUGAUAAUGUCAGUACUCACUGAAAUCUCAAUCCAAUACAUGUUUGCUCAAUCAUAAAAGUUGUAGCCUAUUAUUGCUAGAAAAUUCGUCUUCAAGCAUCUAAUGGUUUUUUUUUUGUAAACAUCAUACUGAACAGUGCCACUCGAUGUUAACAUUGAAAAAAACACAAAUGGUGGCUGCAUGGUCUAGAAAACUACUUAAAGCAUCUUCUAAGUCUCAAGAUGACUUGACAUGAUGUCGCAAUGUUGACAGCCUUCAUUUGUUUUAAAUCUUAUGAUGGCAGAUAGGCUACCUGUGUUAAGCUGUUGUUUUUUUUUUAAAUUCUAACCGUUUUACAUUUUUUUUAUAUUUGUCCAAUGUGACAUACAAAUAUUACAUUAAUAUUUUUUUUUAUAAAUAUGUACAUAUAUUAUAUGUAAAAAUAACAGUGUUUUAAAAACUAUUUUGUUUUAUAAAUCUGUUAUGCCUACAAAAGGCUUAGAGUGUAAUAUUAUUCACGUUGACAUUUGCAUUAUUUUUUUAAAUGUAUUUUGUGGGAGUUGAUGUGAUUUAUAAUGUAAAUACUAGACCUAUUAUGCUAAUUAUUGUUUAUAAACAUGUAAAUUUGUACAUAGUAAAUUGGUUUGUUUGUUUAUGCUUUGUUUUAAUUUCUGUUAUUGUUGUUGGCUAAUGAUAAUUAA